CUCAAUUAGGCUCAAGAAUAAAUAACAAAAAUAUUUCCUCAUCAUGAAAAUUGUUUAUAAACUCUGAAAACAGUGAAUAGGAAUUUAUCAAACUGCUCUUGUUCAUCUGAUUUUUUGCUUUGAUUUUUUCAACUUGAUUCAAAGCAUUCUUCGAAAGUUUUAUAUUUCACCUUUUCAACACUUUUUAAUUGUUACAAUGGUUAUUUUAUCUACAUUGGUGAGAUCUUUUAAUGGUCGUUCUAUCGUCUCUGCAUCGUCUCGUCAAUUACUUGGAUCCUAUUCAGUCGGUAAUGAAACUGGUAUUCGAAAUGAAUCUACAGGAUUUAACUUUGAACCAUCAGACGAAAGUAAACAUUUUAUCGAGUUAUCUUCAAAGUUUACUCGCGAUGAAAUCAUUCCUAAAGCAGCUUACUAUGAUAAGACGGGGGAAUAUCCAUGGGAAAUCGUCAAGAAAGCUCAUGCGAUUGGAUUGAUGAAUACUUUUGUACCAGCUAAAUAUGGUGGACCAGGUCUUACCCUUACUGAUUCAUUAUUGAUGGCAGAAGAAAUUGCCUAUGGAUGUACCGGAAUCUCAACAGCCCUUGGUAAUAAUGCUCUUGCAGGUGCACCUUUACUUUUACAUGGGUCAGAAGAAUUGAAAGAAAAGUAUUUAGGCUGGAUCACAUCAGAACCAGUCCAAGGUGCCUAUUGCGUUACAGAACCUGGAACAGGAUCUGAUGUCUCUGGUUUAAAGACUAAAGCCAUUAAAGAUGCGAACGGUGAUUGGGUCAUAAAUGGUCAGAAAAUGUGGAUCACAAACAGUGGUGUCGCGAAAUGGUAUUUUGUGUUAACUAGAACCAAUCCAGAUCCUAAAGCGAAGAUAAGUGAAGCUUUUACUGGUUUCGUAGUGGAUCGAGAUACACCAGGUAUCACAGUUGGUCGAAAAGAGUGGAACAUGGGUCAAAGAUGCUCUGACACCAGAGGUCUCAGCUUUGAAAAUGUUAAAGUUCCUAAAGAAAACAUGGUUGGUCCCGAAGGAAAAGGUUUUAUUGUUGCCAUGUCAGCAUUCGAUUUUACUCGACCUGCUGUUGCUAGUGCCGCAGUUGGCUUAGCCCGACGAUGUUUAGAUGAAGCUAGCAAAUAUUCUUUGGAGAGAAAGGCAUUCGGUCAGCCUAUUGCCAAUUAUCAAGCGAUACAAUUCAAACUAGCAGACAUGAUGAUCGGUGUCGAAACAGCAAAACUCGCCUAUCUUAAAGCAGCAUGGCUUCAUGAUCGAGGAGAGAAAAAUACUUUGAUGGCUUCCAUUGCUAAAUGCUUAGCUGCUGAUGUUGCAAAUCGCUCUGCUAGUGAGGCCGUUCAAGUUUUUGGUGGAGCUGGCUUCAAUUCAGAAUAUCCAGUUGAAAAAUUAAUGAGGGAUGCCAAGAUUUUGCAAAUAUACGAAGGAACUGGCGAGAUUCAAAGAAUGGUCAUUGCUCGAGAACACAUUGCUAGAAUGCAAAAGAACGGACCAUAAUCAAACUUAAAAAUCAUUCCAAAUUAUAUUAAAUUGUUGAAAAUAUUUUUUAUAUCGGUGUUUAUGUGCCACGAUUCUGUAAAGAAACCCCAAUUUAGAAUUGUGAACGAUUCAAACUGUUAAAUCUGGCCAUCCUACCAUAAUUAAUUGUAUGUAAGGUAAAUAAACAGCUUCUUAAACAAAUCAUA